CUGUCAGAUCCGAGAACAUUUCACUUUUAUUCUCCAUUACCACACCCAUACGCUCAGCACUCGAGAAUUGUAGGAGCUAGCAGUGGAACGUAUUAGAUGCCCAGAACCAAGUGUCUGGGAUCAUAAGCCCGCUCGUGUCUGCAGGGCUCCCUCGAUGGUUGCAAUUGGCGACCGGCAGAGGCAACCGAAUUGCGUAUCAGAAUCAUGAUGGGAUGCUGAAAAUGUAGACCCCUGCCAGUCCAUUGGAUGAUCUUUAUAAAUGACGUUUAGGGACACCGGGUACUCAAGUUUGCACCCUCGUUCCCUCCCUUUGUUCCUUCCUUUUCCCUUGCGAUCCUUCCAACCCCAUCGCUAUUCAGAGGAGCUUACGGCCACCCUGGUGCUGAAAUUGGAGUGGCUUCGGAAGUGAUGCCCCCCGCUCUCGUUGACAUCAUCGAAAGCUCCCAUCAAUUUGUGGACCGUUUAUCCGCCCGCUUCAGUGGGCGGGUCUCAGCCUCCCAAAACCGUCGUGGUUUGACCAGAGGCAAGCGUAAUAUCCAUCCACGGGCACUGCAUAGAGGAGCCUCUACCCUCUCUCGUAAAACUGAGGGGAGUGAUGAGAGGGCUGUCACACUCAGUGAUCCAGCACUUAUUGAGGACCGAUCGAAAGCAUUGAAACCGAGUGUUGGGGUGUGUGCAUACCUGUACUGUGGACACAGCCCUCGCAGCGGCGCCUCCAGAAGAAAUUUGAACUUCACCGCAGCCGAGACCUCAACCAAGAUUCGGCCAAGAGCUACCCAGAAGCCUGGUCAGGGCGUCGCCGUGUCUACCGCCAUUCUAGCAUCCAUCCUUAGUGCCGUACUCACCAUUGCGUUGUGUAUUCUUUUUUAUAAAUAUGGUUUGUCACGUUUUAAAGCCUGGCGUAAUCAGCCUCCAAAGAGCAAGGCUUCCGAAGCCAACUCCGUCGAUACCACCGCGAAGGAAAGAAAGAAUUCAGUCCUUUUAAUUGCGGAAAGCCCACGCUACUCCCUCCCUUCAAACCCAUUCCAGUCCAACCCGGUCCAGCCGCGUAUCCAGGAGGGACCAUAUGAUGAUACUUCCCCGGAAAUGGAUCCUGUUGCUCGGAUGCGCCCUAUCUCGCUUGCACUAAAGCAACAAUAUCAAGCCAGAAAGGCUGAGGCGACCCAAGUUAACCUCGAAGAGAGUGGUGUUGCACCUAGCCCUAUGUCCAUAAGCAUCCCCCUGUUCGUCAAGACACACCACAUGCAACAAUCUUCUAAUUCUUCGAGUGUAACGGUCGUCAACCAACAUGGAAUCCCUCCCACUGUAUUCAAAAAUCCUUCAUUGGGUGAUUUCAAUAACUAUAGUCUUCCUCAUAUAAAACCUAUUUCUAAGGCUUUAGACGCUCCCCCCGCCAUGACCAGAGAGCCCUCCCAGGACCUUAUAAAACGCAAGCCUGUCCCAGAUCCCGAACGGCGAAGACAUCAUGAGCGUGGGCACUCCCAUGAACGCCAUGGUCGCAAUCGCAGCCGAAGUCGCAGCGAAACACGACCAAUAUCAAGUCGUCCCGGUACCCCUAGCCUUUCGAAACGAACACGACGGCCUCUCGCCGCAACCCAGGACGACUCUUCAGAGAGUGGACAGGAACUGAGCAUCCCUGACUUCCGGUACGAUGUACCUAAUACGCCUCGGUACUCCUCGCUUCCGCGGAACCAGUACCGCCAAUCAUCCCAGCCGAAUCGUACGGCUGAAUCUGACAAGACCCCUCCAUUUUUUCCUCCCACGCCCCCCUCUGUUGCUGAGUACCUGGCUAAUUUUGAAGCCCGAUCAAAGCAGGACCGAGCGACCGAUCUCCCUCUUCCACGUCUUGUCAAAGUAGUGGGUACCUUCCCGCCUUCACUUCCCGAUGAAAUGGAAGUCACACUCAAUGAAACGCUCCGCCUUAUACGAGUUUUUGCCGAUGACUGGUGCUAUGUUCGGAGGCUCUACCCUUCCAAACCCGGAGAUGAAAAUGAGAAGCAGGCGAUGCAAGUUGGUGCUGUCCCUUUGCUGUGCCUCGCAGAGCUGGACGGCACGCGGGUCACAAGGCCAGCCGCGGUUACACCGGUGAAUGUUACGAAAGUUGAUGCGAGCGCUCAACCAGGUACUCAGGAAACGAAUAAUACUUCACCAGAUUCCUCAGAAAGUCAGCACACCGAUUCCGGAUCAGGGUCAUCCAAAGCGAACCCUCGUUCGGGUUGGUCGACCGACAUGACGCCCUCGACGCCGAUGACCUCCCCUGAUCUUGGCAUUACUUCUCCGGAAUCCAAGGGUAACACCCUGACGAAGCAACCCUCGGGUAAUCAGCAUGCCCAAAUUCCUAGGUCUCUCCCUCAACCCCCUGUCCCCGCCGUGAGACAGAUCGCAGAUACGGUGCAUUCGCGGAACGGGAGCUCUGUCGAUAAGAUACGUUUGUCGUGAUUCCUUGUUUUGUCCUACUCAACGCGGACCGAUAUCAUCGCCUCACUCAUUUACAUCGUUCGUUUUCUUUCUCUCUACCCCACAUCCUAUCGAUGUCGCGUCUGGGAUGCUUUACGUGCUUCUUUUUGGUGGAACCUGCACGCACUCGUGGAAGUCCGGUUACUUAGGGUUGGGGGAACUAACCCUAGGUCCUUCCCUUCGUUCGUUCCUCUUGUUAACUGGCAUCUAUCGGACUUUUGAUUUGUGGAUAUGUAACAAAUUUAUGCUUCGUGGAGAAUAAAACCGUUAUC